AUGAAGCAAGCUGAAGGAGGAACAAGUUUUGACUCGGCGAGAAUGAGCCUCACGAAGCUUGAGCCACCUGUUCUUUGUCCCGAAGGGAAGACGGGGCUCGAGAACCGUCACGGAAAACGGUUGCGGGAAUCGCGCGUGAGAUCCGUGGGAAUCCGCGCGAUGAACUGGAAGUUCGGAAUCAAAGUUCGUGCUUCUGAAGAUGACACCUCCGCCUGUAACCGGCUUUACAGUGUCCAAACCUUCGUCAAUAUCUACGUACACAACGGCCGAGACAGUUCAACGAACCUCAACUUCGCCACGCAUACUCGCACGCCGAAUGCGCGUCGGAUGGUGGUGAACGUUCGGCGACUCGACGGUAGCGACAGCGGGCCCGUAGAGAGAUUUGUGUGGAAAUCGGAUGACUACCCCGUAAAUAUGUCAGUUCCGGUCACAAUACGUCAACUCGAGGCCGUGUCGUCCACAAUUAUCACGUCAAAGAGAUUAUCCGUCUUUUCAAGUGCUGGACGAUGUAUUGCCGUGUUGGAGAAGAGGGAGAUCAUCAGAUUCUCGGAAGAGGUGAGCAUCUUGGCGACGGAUGCGUUUGACGGUACUCUGGCGACGGAUGCGUUUGACGAUAUACCUAUGCUUUAA